AUGCUGCUGGGCCGACGACGCCAGAUAACUCGGACAGUCUGGGAUCGCCUCGUCUGCUCACGAGCAGCGCACUCACUCCCGCCGCACACCAUCUUUCUGCCAGCCGGCCGCGACUCGACAAAGGAGCGGGCCCAGCGAGCGCUGCCGGCCGGGCGAACCCCGGUCGCCUGCUUGCUCGGCUGGGUCGGCUGCGGCGAGCGGGCGUUGCGCAAGUACGCUGACCUUUACACUCGCCGCGGCGUCGACGUCAUCGCGCUGCUCCUCAAGCCGCAACAUGUCGCACUGCCCGUCUCGCGUGGCGAAAGCACGAUGAAAUGUAUCGCCGACGUCCUAUCUGCGGCCGAUACGCGGGAGAGGCCCAUAAUGGUGCAGGGCUUCUCGGCGGGCGCCUUUAUGUACGGCAACCUCUUGACGGAGCUGGGCCGUCGCGGUGCAGAGGGCGCCGACUUUGCGGCUCGCAUCAAGGGCUCCGUCUGGGACAGCCCCGUCGACGCGAGCGGCGUGCCCUUUGGGCUGAGCCGGGCCAUUAUGGACGGCGGUGUCGCCGGCCGGUCGGAGGGGACGGUGGGCCAGCGGCUGCUGCAGAGUGCGCUCGAGGCGUACCUCUCUCCGAGCGGCCCGAUGAGGCAGUACUACCAGGCCUGUUACCUAUGA